AUUGCGUUUGACGCAGACUGUAGAGAGAACACAAAGCUUUGAUAGAAAUUUCCACAGCAACUCUAAAAAUUUGUAAGUAUACGCACAAAGCCAUGAUCAAUCUUGAUAAUACGAAAUGUUUUUUUUUUUUUAUGACAUUGUUAACUGUUCUAAAAACAUUUUCAUCACGUGUCUAGAUAAUUACGUCAGGCUUAUUUAUGCAGUUCGCACAUAUGUGAUAUUUCCCAAUAAUUUAUUAACUUACUAAGAUAAAAUGACAUAUAAACGAUAGCAUAUUACUGUAAGGAAACCUUGCUUACUCUCUGAUAAACUUCAUCUAGAUCUGGUACUCAAUAAGGAAACAACUCCGGUGAUAACAUUUGAUGAUUAAACUCGUGUUCUUUAUUGGGCUGUCACCUUGCUUACUCUUUCUCUCAUCUCACAACUCUGACUUCUCCCUGCUAUCUAGUUCUCAGUCCGGCCGCCUUCUCUCAUACCAUCCGGCCGCGCUCCCCCUCGUCCCGUCCAGAGGUCCCUAUUUAUAAGUCCCUGGUUCAUAGAGUUCCCUUCCCAGGUCUGUACUCGCCCCGCCCCUUUUUCUCCAUCGGCGCCAGGUUACCAACCGACCAGACGUCCCAGGUAAAUGCCCUGGUCAGAUGGCUUGAUCCGUCGAUCGUGAUCCCUGGUCAGAUGGCGCCGGCUGUACCUGGUCAGACAGUGUCAGACGGCCGGUAAUCCCUGGUCAGACGCCCCCGGCGCCGUCGUGGGUCAGACGCCCCCGUCGCCGUCGUAGUCAGAACUCUCCACACUACACAUUAAGCAUUUAUGAAACAUUGUACUAUCAAGCUCCUGGUUUUUUCCGGUUUUAUUUUAGAAGUCGCCGAUGGAGUCGCAGGCCGUAAGACUCAUUAGAGUCGGAUUUUUUUACAAAUUAUUUGACAUUUAAAAAAAUAUUUGAACCCAAGUUUUUCUAUGAGUAUGAUUUACAAAUUAUUACAAUUAUGUUACGUGUUAUGACUAAAACUAACAGUCUUUAUUUUCCCGUUUAUUAUUACCUUAGCCGUAACUAUUUCAAAUCAGAGAGAAAGUUAUGCUUCAGCUCAUCUGAAGAAAUCAAAACGUGAAUGGCAUUUAAGGAGGAUAAAAAUCUAAACUUGUGUUUCAAUGCGUCUCAGUGGCAUUUUAAAUGUUUGGAAAAAAAUAAGUUAUAGGGAAAAUGAUUUUUUAUGUUCGUAACGCACAAGUUAUACAUCAGGAUAUCAGACACGAGUUGUAUAUCAGGAUAUCAGACACGAGUUAUAUGUCAGGAUAUCUGACACGAGUAAUAUAUCAGGAUAUCAGACACGAGUUUGCUGAAUAUUUUUGCAUUGCAACGGUGUUUGAGAGAAUGAAAAGAAUAUCAAGUUAUAAGAAAAGUUAACUAUAUUUUAAAACAGAGGCUUUAAAUACACACUGAAGCAAAUAAGUCAGUAUGAUUGGCUGAGAAGUAAACAAAAAUAUUUAGACCCCCCCCCCCCCCCACACACAUCACAACUUACGGUUAAGUGGUUAAAUGAGAAGCGGCUGUGAUGUCUUGAAGGCGAAAAAGGUUCCAUAAAGCUUGUGGAAGUGACGUAGAUCAACGUUGGGCAAGUGAGCUAUGCUCUUGUGGUUCCUGAACACACGAAGCCUUCCAUGGAAUUCAGCACUAUAGCCAUGACGACGGGAGUGCAGGUCAUGCUUCAUCAUGAACACAACCGUGUCCAUGUGUCUCUGUGUGUGUUAUCUAUAUCUAUAUUCCACUUGACGGCGCCCUGGCCUACAUGACGACAUGACAGGGCACAAGCGUUCUUUUCCUUUCAAUGCUGUGCACACAGCAAGGGUGGAUUAACAAUAUGUUCUGCGCCCUAGGCCAAAGCACAUCAUUCUGCGGCCCCUUCUAAAAGUUGAUUUAUAACUUCCAAUUGAAUCUGUUAUUAAUUUUUUUAUUCUAAUGCGUCCCGCCUCCUCUUAAAAUACCCGGACCCGGCGUAAAAAUCUGCACCCGGUUAAGCCCUAUAAUAAUAAUACCAGUAUAAAAUAGUUUAUUUCUUUCAUAUAAUCAUAUGAAACAAUCUUUAUAAUUUUUGAACCACAUCCUAUAAUUAAAUCAAAUCUACACUACUGCUACUACACUACUACUCCACUGCUCUGCUACACCAAUACACUACUACACAACUACACUAUACACCACUACGCCACAACUAUUCUACAAUGCUACUCUACGACACAUACAUUACUACAUAACUACACCACUACACUACCACAACAUUUUAUAUGGUAUUAUAAAAGUAACACUGAAGAUAUGUAAAUAGUUGGUUGUUAUUUCUUCUGUUUAAACGCCCCCCCCCCUUGACAGUUGCGCCCCCUAACCAUGGCCUUGGUUGGCCCUAUUGGCAGUCCGGCCCUGUUCACAACGUAUGGUCAACUGUUGUGUUAACCAGUUUGUUAAUAAUCUAUCACUAACACUGAUCCUUCUCACUGACAAACUCUUAAAUCUGUACAUUGUUAUAGGAAGGGACAGUCACGGAAGCUACACAGCUCAAAGAUGAACACCUUCAAGACAGCCGCUGCCGUACUAUUGUUUUGGACCAUGUCGGUUUCAGUUGGUCAGUUUAUUCUAUUUCUAAAAAAUAAAAUAAAAGAACAAAAUGGGAAUCAUAGUGAUAUGGUUUUUGGCCGAGUGACAAUGUGUUGGGAAUACAAGUCAAUGGUCCCCCACCCAUGUGUCCCCCCCCCACCCAAGUAACUCCUGACUUGUAUUUUCACCAUAUUGUCACUCGGCGAAAACCAUGUCACUAUGAUUUCCAAACACACACAUCCAACCACCCCCCCCCCCNGACUUAUCAGAGCAGGUCCUUGGGAAAGCGACUUAUCAGAGCAGGUCCUUGGGAAAGCGACUUAUCAGAGCAGGUCCUUGGGAAAGCGACUUAUCAGAGCAGGUCCUUGGGAAAGCGACUUAUCAGAGCAGGUCCUUGGGAAAGCGACUUAUCAGAGCAGGUCCUUGGGAAAGCGACUUAUCAGAGCAGGUCCUUGGGAAAGCGACUUAUCAGAGCAGGUCCUUGGGAAAGCGACUUAUCAGAGCAUGUCCUUGGGAAAGCGACUUAUCAGAGCAGGUCGUUGGGAAAGCGACUUAUCAGAGCAGGUCCUUGGGAAAGCGACUUAUCAGAGCUGGUCCUUGGGAAAGCGUGGAAACGAUUGGGGAGAUACGUGCAUUUUUCAUUAGAUAAAUAUUUUAUUUUAUAUUUCAUAGACAUUCAACUUUAAAUAAAAUCAUGGAUACAUUGUACAUUUAUUAUACAUGCACGUACAUACCGACCAGUCACUAAUCGUAUGAAAAUGUUUUCGCUUGUAUUCCUAGCCUCAAGAAUCUCGCUCACUGCAAAUCCUGAAGAAGCUACAGUGUUCUUUUCGAAAACUUUGGAACUGAAAUGUUCCUUUGAUGUGAGUGAUCAUCUCAAGUAUUAAAUGUUUUUGUUUUUCUCUUUAUAAUAACUCGUUCCUCCCACACUUAAAUAAUUGUAAGACAACAGUAAAAAGACCAUCCAUUCUCGUCGCCUUUAGGGAGCAAGCUAUAGUUUCUUAUUCAAAUGCGAACCUUCUCCAGUUGUUGGUUUUAUAAUUCACCGAGAUGCCAACAUUACCAUCUACAAGAACUGAUAUCCAAAAACGUUUCCUUAAAGAACCUGCGCUCUUCAUCACAGUCCCUACUGAGAGCAGGCCCGUUCUUAGGCAUACGCUACCUACGCAUCAGCGUAGGGCCCCUAACGUGAGGGUGCCCCCGUGAGGCACCCGGUUUUUUUUUAAACUGGCACUGCAGCCGUCUGUGUCACUCACGUUACCUUCCUCAUCCUGAAAUUUAUCAUUCUGAGUUGAAUUCGGAGGCAGGGGAAGGGAAGCAGCAGGGGGGGGGAGCUUUGGGGGUUGCAGACAGGAAAUCGGGGGCUUGGCCGAGGGAAUGGGAAAGUAUAAAUAGCAAUCGGACCAACCCCCCCCCCCUUUCGGUGCCCCCAACCUACGCUCCAUGCUUAGGGCCCCCAAACUCCUAAGAACGGCUCUGCUGAGAGCUCCCAGUGUGGAUGGACACAGAAAGAAGUCAUAAGGGGGACGCGCUCUUUUGAAGCUAUAGCGCCUAAAUUAUGGAACAGUUUGCCUCAAUCUUUGAGGGAAAAUUAAAAGGGAUUUUUUAAAAAAUCAUUUAAGAGACAUUUAACUACCUUUUUUUCUUUAAGCAGAUUUUAUGACAUCAGAGUGCUGCGAACACGCUAAAAUAGCACGGACACAAGCGCUAUAAAAGUAAUCAAUCAUCAUGGCACAUAAUUUUUUUUUUAACAUCAUAAACAACCGUUGAAUAACGCACACAGGCGAUACGAUUCACACAAUUUUGAAUAAUAUAGAAUUAGAAGUUCUGAAGAGAACCGAUCACUCGCCCGAUUCUGAAAACACAAGAAUCGAGGAAAAAUUAUUUCACCUGAGCAAUCGAGUCACACCUCUCAAUUUAAUUAUAGUCCUCCGAGAAUACGAAAUUAUCGGAAUCAGGUACGCAGUCGGAGUGGCCUUUCCAAAGAGCUUCCGACAUUCAAUUAUUGAAGUUCAUUAAAAAAAAUAAAAAUUUAAAAAAUCCAACAGCAAUACAAGACUUGAGAUUCAGGGCGGAUCCCCGAUUCCUCCCCACGUACGAGGAAGAGAACAUUGUCUGCAUUAUGUUCUCAAGGGGAGAAGUGGUGCUCACAGAUAUUCAUUUAAGGCGGGCAGAGUCGUUGCGUGGGCUUUUUCAGACGCCCCCCCCCCAACUGUGCCACCUCUCAAGUUUUGUUAUUAAGAUUUUAAAUGCAUUUAUAUAUACUUUUUUUUUUCUCACAUCACAACUUAAAUACAUGAGGCCACUAGAAAAAAAAAAUCAAGAAACUUAAUAUUUUCAUACUUCUUCUUUAUUCUUUCAGAAUGGUGUAGAUGUUUCACAGAAGACACGUGAUUCCUUCGAGCGUCAAACUUACAAGUCGGUUACAACAAUUUUUGUGAUUAUGAUAUCGAAGCGUGAGAUCAUCUUACAUUUUCAACAAAAAAAAAGUUAAAGCAUGAAAAACAAGUGUUCAAUAUCAUUGUUUAAAUGUUUUUAUUUAGAAGUUAUUGAAGGGGAGGGCCUUCAAACUUUUUUAAUGAAAAAAACCCCAACACAUUCUAUUAAAAUCAUCAUCUAGGCAUUAAGCGUAUCCUAAGCAGUAAGCGUACAGGCCCGUUCUUAGGCAUACGCUGACUACGCAUCCGCGUAGGGCCCCGAACGUGAGGGGCCCCCGUGACGCACCCUCGAUCCCCCGUUAAAACUGGCACUGCAGCCGUCUGUGUCACUCACGUUACCUUCCUCAUCCUGAAAUUUAUCAUUCUGAGUUGAAUUCGGAGACAGGGGAAGGGAAGCAGCAGUGGGGAGCUUUGGGGGUGGUAGACAGGAAAUCGGGGGCUUGGCCGUGGGAAUGGGAAAGUAUAAAUAGCGAUCGGACCCCCCCCCCUUCUGGGGCCCCCAACCUACGCUCCAUGCUUAGGGCCCCCAAACUCCUGAGAACGGCUCUGAAGCGUAUCUUAGACAGUAAGUAUAUCUUAGACAGUAGGCGAAUCUUAGACAGUAAGCCUAUUUUAGACAGUAAGUAUAUUAUCUUAGACAGUAGGCUUAUCUUAGACAGUAGGUGUAUCUUAGACAGUAGGCGUAUCUUAGCCUGUAAGUGUAUUAUAGGCAGUUAAAACAAAUUUCCACAAAAUAAUUAGUUGAAAAAAAAUGUGUUUGCCAUUUGGAAAUCGGGAUCAAUCACCGUCAUAUGUCACGUCUACUUCUAACUAGUUUAAAGCUAACCUGACACUUUUAAACACUAAUUUUUUUUUUUUCUUAUUUACAGAAGGGGCCGAUUCGCCAUUGGCAACCAUCUCUACCGCUGACGAUCGUCCGGUCAUCUACGAUGACACCGACUCUCUUGCAGUCGCGGGGAAUGUCACACUGAACGACCAGACGAGUCCGACACCUUAUCUACAGCUGACCUGGACAAAACCGGACCAGGACAAGGAGGGGGUUUACACGUGUUUCGUGCAUGCAUUAGAUUCCGUUGGUCGUUUUGUAACCUUCAACGCCACUGCAAGGGUUAGGGUAAAACUGCCGAACGCAGUCGAACAGCUUCGCUACAUGGAAGAACUUGAAAAGCGACUAAGUUAUUAUGCUCCCCACAUCGAGAAAGGAAUUGUGGAGUGGCCCAUGUAUCCGGCAAAGAAAGUCCCCGUACUGGUCAAGUUUGAGACCCCGUACGCUAAAGUGCCCGUUUUGUUCCUCAGCCCGGUAACUCUUGAUGUGGCGGAGGACAAAAAUAUGAGGUUCAACAUCUAUGCAGUUAACCUCACUCAAAGUGGAUUUCAACUUGAGUUUGAGAUCUGGGGCGACACAGUCAUUUAUGUAGUUCGUGUCCAGUGGAUGGCGAUCUCAUCAUAAUUCAAACGACUCUCAUAACUUUGGCGAUUAUACAAAUAUUAAUAUUUUACUGUCCUCUAAGUUCUCGUCGUUAAAAAACCAAAAGAAAAAACAAAAACAAACCUACAUCCUCCUCUAUCUUACGUUUUAAAAUGCAAUUUUGGUCUUAUUCAUCGCUCGUUGUUAAAAAAACAACCAA